AUGGGAGAUAUAUUGCCGCAUAAAUAUGGUUGCUGCUUAGUAUUCUGGAGACGCGGAACAACCUCCGAGACUUCUGCUCCCAUUGCCAAAAUCAACGACAAGAAUUUUGUGAAGGAACCGAACCCAAAAUACAUGAAAAGGCAUGGAGGUGGCUCCAAAGAUGCAUCUUCGGUGCCAACAACUACGUCCAAAGCCCAAGAUUAUUCAUCACGUUCUAACUCCUCCAAGCCUCAUCAAUACAAGCCAACUCUUGCUGUGACCGAAAAUAAAGUACGAGGCACAUCAAGAGUUUCACCUGCUGAGGGCUAUGUCACUCAAGGAAGGAGGGUGCCCCAAGAAGCCAUUGGCAUAUCCGGCGAGCUCGAAAGAAUGAUCAUGGAUCACCACAAGUCCAAUGGAAGCAGUACCCUUGUUAGAGCUUCAUCAAGCAAUGUCAUGCUGGCUGGUGAUUUAGGUAACCUGAGGCAACAGAGUACCAAUUCAAGCAAUAGUGCUGUGGGCAAACAUAUUAGGCAAGAAAACCCAGACCCGGUUGCUUAUAACGGAAGAAACACAAAUCCUACGGAGCAAAAUGUGGCCAGAAUAGAAAAGAAAGACUCUGCUUCUUUUUGCAGAGCACUAUCUAUUAGAAUGGAUCCAGAGCAGUUGAAGAUAAUGGGAAAUGAAGAUUACAAGAAUGGGAGGUUUGAAGAGGCUUUAGCUUUGUAUGAUGCUGCGAUUGCGCUUGAUCCGAAUAAGGCAUCGUAUAGGAGCAACAGAAGUGCAGCAUUAACUGCACGUGGUAGGCUCUUGGAAGCUGUGUUUGAGUGUAGAGAAGCCAUCCAAAUAGAGCCUCAUUACCAUAGAGCUCAUCAUCGAUUGGGAAACUUGUACACAAGAUUAGGGGAAACAGAUAAGGCCCUUUAUCAUUAUAAACUUGCAGGACCUGAGGCUAAUCCAGAAGAGAUUGCAAGAGCAAAGAAUCUUCAGCUCCAGCUAAACAAGUGCACCGAGGCUCGCAGGUUAGGAGAUUGGAACAACCUCAUCAAGGAGACUAAUAACGCUAUAUCAUGCGGUGCAGAUUCCGCUCCACAGAUAUUUGCAUUGCAAGCAGAAGCAUUUUUAAAGCUCCGAAGGCAUCAAGAUGCAGACGAAGCAAUGUCAAAGGGUCCAAAGUUUAAAGUUGAGGAUUGUACCAAGUUCUUUGGAGCCAUAAGUAAUGCAAAUUUGUUGGUGACUCGGGCUCAAGUUGAUUUGGUUGCUGGCAGAUUUGAAGCUGCAUUAGAAGCAGUUCAAGAAGCAAGUAGGCUAGACUCAAAUAACAGGGAGGUUAGCAAAGUGAUGAGGAAGGCGAAAGGCAUGGCAGCUGCAAGAUCAAAUGGCAACAACCUUUUCAAGGAAUCGAAAUUCUCCGAGGCUUGUGCUGCCUAUGAAGAGGGUCUUGCCCAUGAUCCUUAUAACUCGGUUUUGCUAUGCAACCGAGCUGCUUGUAGAGCAAACUUAGCUCAAUACGACAAAGCUGUGGAAGAUUGUACGGCUGCUCUUAGUUUGCGCCCAUCUUACACCAAGGCCAGGUUGAGAAGAGCUAAUUGUAAUGCAAAGUUGAAAAAAUGGGAAGCUGCAAUACAAGACUAUGAAAUAUUGGUAAAAGAGACACCGGAAGAUGAGGAAGUAAGUAGGGCUUUGUUGGAGGCCAAAGCGCAACUCAGUAAAAAGUAA